GGUAGCAAAAUGCAUCUGGACGAUCGCCAAAUUCAAAAAUAAGUCGAAUUUCGAAGGAAUCGCCCGAUCGUAAGCGGAUCGCUCCGUCCGUCGCGGCCGUUGAUACACGUUUUGCAACGGCAGUAACGUAUAGCCAAUUUACGAAACACCGCGACGCGACGGAGGAUAUCCGCUCCCACUAGACUUUGAUAUCUGCGCCGGAUCGCUCGCGUUGACAGGUGACUUUUACAUAUUGCUCUCUUCAAGCAGCGAUCUUCUCCAAGAAUGUAUCAAUAAAACUGUUGAUCCACACAACAUGAUUUACAAAAUGGACAGUCUCGUUCGGUCGAUCUCUCUUGGGAUUUCUCUCUCGGGCGAAUUUCGACAGUCCUCGUAUUUAUGGGAUAGGCGCGGCCCACGCUCUCGCUAAAACAAAGCCGAAGACUAAUUUAGAUCCAGACGAUCCGUAUUCUUUGCGCCCGCUUUUGUCGGCCACAUGGCUUUCCGGUAGGUCGCUUUAUCUCGAGGCGCCAUGGGUAUCGCGCCUCGAUCUUCCUCGAGAUCGAUCGCGGGUUCCUAUAAAUCUUUCCGGCUAGAUGGUACAGAGGCGAUGCUCAGCGAGAGUAAGCGCGAGGUGGGCGCGAAUGGGGGGUCAAAGGAAAGAGAGGGGGCAACAGAAGGAUAGACAGCCUUUUCAGACCCCUCGGUGACCAGUUUAGUUCUGGUUGGCAUCCGAGCUGCGUGCUGUGCAAGACCCAAGGGAACAAUGCCGCGGUAAUCAUCCUUCAGGCGGCGUUUACGAGAUUCACUGAUCGAUCAUUAAUUCGAUGAAUCGAUGAAUCGAUGAAUUUGACACGGGAAAAUGAUUCGAAAUGAUUCCGCCGCGAUGUGCUCCGCUGACCGAGGCGCUUGCUGUCGGAGAUCGCAUUGGUGCUAGUGCAGGCUGACGUUUCUGAGAAGCGAGCGGUUUAAUAGCUGCAACAAUCACUCACGUGCGCCGCUCAUUGUCAGCUGCUGCACGUCAAAGUUAAAUAAUGUGUUAUUCCGGAACGACGGAAAUGAAAAAAAAAAAUUUUUGAAUUGCACCGUGAGAGAGACGCGCGUUGAACUUUAGAACCACGGAUGACAGCUGCGAGGUAAACGGAGUUGAAAAACGCGUACCAGCGGUCUCACGAAGUGAACGGGUGAACGCUACCGCCGUUCCCCGAUUGCAAAUACCACUCGCGCGGUACCCGCAGAUCGGGAAUCGCGGCAACGCUCGCGUGACGGCGCUUCGAGACCGCGCUUUUUUUUUUUCUCGAAUGGUAUUUAAUUGGAGCAUGAGAAAGUCGUGGUGAUAAAAUUCGUGGCGAUAAAACCGCUCGCGUUGCCGCGCGGAAAGCGAACUCGUUUUUCAACGUUCGAACGCGCGUUUUAUCGCGGCACGCACUUGCCGCUGGUUAAAUGACACUUGUGAAAUCAACGCGCACAUUUUCACCGCUCCGAGCGAGAGUCGUAGGGAAGGCGGGUCGUUGACGGGGACAUUCGCCGACUCGCUUUCGAGCGGUGUGCGUUAUGAGAACACACUUCCUGAAGGCAGUACCGAUCGCUAAGUGUGUGUUUUCCAAUCCACGAGAAAUCCGAGAAACGCGCGCUAUCGCGCCUCGAAGACGAUCCAAGUGCCAACUGAUCUUUGCGGAUUUAAACUCACGAUCUUUACAUCGAAAAAAAAAAACUGACAAAAUCAUUUCUGGGAAGACACGUUACAAAUCCAAGUCACGAAGAGCAGAUAUGAGAACGAGUCGUCGUCGCCGGUACGUGGUCUAAGAAUACCGCGGUGUGGAUCGUUGAACCAGAGCCUCUCCUUUCUUCUUUCCGCGAGUGUCGAGGUGCCCGGGAGAAAUAAAUCAGAAACUUUCUCUGACGACGCUCGACUCGACAGUACUUCGUAAACGAUGUCGGGCGACACCACGUCCGACGAUGAGGGAUCGCAGGAGGAUCCGCCACGAUACGACAUCGAUGAUUUGGAAAUCAUCAAGACUAUCGGCACGGGUACAUUUGGCAGAGUGGUUCUCUGCAGGCAUCAUGGAACGCCUCUCGCUCUGAAAAUCCUCUCUAUGGUCGACGUGAUCAGAUUAAAGCAGGUUGAGCACUUGCGCAACGAAAUCACAAUCCUGAAGGAAGUUAAGCACCCUUUCAUUGUCAACAUGCUGUGGAGCGGCAGGGACGAGGCCAGGGUGUACAUGCUGUUGGAGUUCGUCGCUGGCGGAGAACUCUUCUCUUACCUGAGAGCAGCUGGGAGAUUCGCCGGACCUACGAGUUGUUUCUACGCGGCUGAAAUAGUUUGCGCUCUGGAUUAUCUGCAUAGCAAGCAUAUAGUUUACAGGGACCUCAAGCCGGAGAAUCUUCUCCUUGACAGUCAGGGUCAUCUCAAAAUUACCGAUUUUGGUUUCUCCAAGAAACUUACGGACAGAACAUGGACCUUGUGUGGUACGCCAGAAUACUUGGCGCCGGAAAUAAUUCAAAGUAAAGGACACAAUAAAGCCGUAGACUGGUGGGCGUUAGGCGUUUUAAUUUACGAGAUGUUGGCGGGCUAUCCGCCCUUCUUCGACGAUAAUCCUUUCGGGAUCUACGAGAAGAUCCUGAGCGGUAGGAUAGAAUGGCCGAAGCACGUGGAUCCCAUCGCGAAGGAUCUGAUCAAGAAGCUGUUGAUCGCCGACAGAACGAAGAGAUUGGGCAACAUGAGGCAGGGCGCUGAGGACGUCAAGAGGCAUCGAUGGUUCAAGCUAGUCGAAUGGCCUUUGGUGCCGCAAAGGGCCUUGACACCCCCGAUAAGGCCACGUGUGAAAACGCCGGGCGAUGCUAGCUGCUUCGACGAUUAUCCUGAAACCGACUGGCGUUCCCAACCACCCUUGCCACCAGACCAAUUAGCUCUAUUCCAGGAUUUUUGACAGCUAAUGUGACGACACCGUUGAAUAGUCACAAAUAUUCUACACAAUUCACAAAUUCAUCAAGGGCACCGCGCUAACUAAAAGAACUUAUUUUGUGGUAUAGAACACUCACGAUUGAUUGAUACGUUGAUAAUAAUUAAUUUUCCAUUCUGUACAUAGGUAACUUUUUAUAAUUUUGUUGCGUAUUAUUUAUUUGUACGUACGAUAGGCUAGGCAUUCCUCCUCGUUGUUUUCGUGAGAUUCUGUAAAUAAAGGUUGAACAGUCAAGUUUAA